AUGGUCGACGGGUACCUUGCGCGCAGAUACAACGCGCAGACGGUGGUGGGCACUGUCAUCGACCCCAUGGCCGACAAAGCCCUCAUGACGAUCACAGUCGUCGCGCUCGCCAUGAAUGGCACCCUGCCGCUGUGGCUCGCCGUCAUAAUCCUAGGCCGCGACGUCGCCCUGGCCAUCUCGGCAAUCUACUUUCGCUGGAUCUCGCUGCCUCCGCCGAAAACCAUGGCCCGCUACUGGGACUUCAGCCUGCCCAGCGCCGAGGUGCACCCCACCGAGAUCUCAAAGAUCAACACCUUCCUCCAGCUCCUGCUGGUCGGGAACGCCAUGUUGUUACCCGUCCUGCCCGACGCCUGGCUGCAUGCUUGGAACCUGCCGGGCAUCUUCGAGGGCUGGACCUAUCUCGUCGCCGGCACUACCGUGUGGAGCGGCCUGAGCUAUGUCUCGAACAAAGACGCGGUCAAGAUCCUCUCCACAAAAGAGAUCCAGGCAAGGCUGGAGAAGAAGGAUGCUGACAAGAACGAGGCAGACUCGUCCAAGUAG